UCACCACGUCAGCAGGACUGAAGAUGGCGGAGGUGGAGAGUGAGUCUCGACAGCCGCUGUUUUCAGACUUGGCUGAUGUGUCGAUAUCAAACGAUGUCCCUGUUGAGGGACAAAUUACAGUUCCUGUCAGUUCUCAGUCACAGGAAGAUGACUACUCCACUCUGGAUGAACCCGUCAAGGAUACAAUUAUGCGAGAUCUGAAGGCUGUUGGGAAGAAGUUUGUCCAUGUUAUGUAUCCCAAAAAGAGCAGCAGCCUCCUUAGAGAUUGGGAUCUAUGGGGCCCUCUGAUACUCUGUGUUUUGUUAGCAAUGAUGUUACAGGGGAGUUCUGUUGACAAUAAGCAUGAAGGAGGCCCAGAGUUUGCUGAAGUGUUUGUAAUCGUUUGGUUUGGCGCAGUCGUCAUUACACUGAACUCCAAACUGCUUGGUGGCACAAUCUCCUUCUUUCAAAGCUUGUGUGUGCUGGGUUAUUGUAUAUUACCACUCACUGUCGCCAUGAUUGUUUGCUCACUCAUCCGGCUAGCUCCGCAUUCCAGCACUUCAGAAAUCCCAAUGGCAGUGGUUAUAAUUCGCUUUGUUAUUGUGCUUGCCGCAUUUGGUUGGUCAACUUUCGCCUCAACAGCGUUUCUGGCAGACAGCCAGCCACCAAAUCGCAAGGCCCUUGCUGUUUACCCGAUAUUUCUGUUCUACUUUGUCAUCAGUUGGAUGAUCAUCUCCAAUGCAUCUGCAUGAGGACCAUUUAGCCUGAAGACUAGGACGAUAAAAUAUGAGUGAUUCAAAAUCAAUCUCAUGGAGACUGUUUACUCAAAGUGGCAUCCCAUUAUAUACAGAGGAGGAGAAGAUCAAGAAACAAUGAGAUUUUAGUUUGUAUGUUAUUGAAUUUACAGUAGUUUGUAAAACCUGUAAGAGAGGUUCAUAAUUGAGGUCUUGCAGACUUUGGGGAAAAUAUUAAUUUCUACGGAGUUGCAUUUGUAACAUGGCUACAGACACUUGGAGCAAUAUUAUUUUAUUUAUUUUGUUACAUGUAUUGGAAUUGUUUUUCAUCUGUGAUCAAAAUCUGCCUGUAUUUGAUAUCAAAACACUGCACUUAUUGUGUCAAUUGAAGGUUCCAUUUAGACAAUUUAGACUGAACUUUCCAUAACAGUUCAUUUUGAAAUCUCCAUGUGCCACUCAAUGUAAUAGUAAACCUUACUAAAAGGUUAGUUAAAUUCUUACUUCCCAUCAUGGCCUGUGCUGAGUGAGCUGGUCUCAGCUAGGACACUAGUUAAUAUUUCUAUUGGCCUCACUGGAAUGGACUGGUAGAGACAAAAUUAUUCACGAUCUCUGGUUUUUUAAUCACCGUCCAAUGACCUCUUUGAACUACUGUGCUGUGUAUAUACCAGGUGAGGGCAGAGUUAGACUUAACUGGUUGUUUAGCCUGCUAAUUUUCAAGUGUAGUCUUACUACAUGGUGAUGUGAAUGGGUACUAUGAAGACUUGAUCACUUCUAGAUAUGGAAGAAUGGGAGGAUGCUGCUGUUCUGGAAUGGGUUGGAGCAGAACUGAAAUUAUCUUAAGGCUGUAAUUAUCCUUGAACACUAAGCCAGGUUUAGUAUCAAUUAUUUAAAUGGAGGUGUCAACCAAUAGUGAUGGAAUGGAAAUCGAAUAUCCUUGCCUUGUGGCUGAUAUUUGGACAGUAUCAUUCUUGAAGUGUAAUUUAACUGAAUAUCCAAUUCUAUGUCCUUUCAAUGGUAUUGGUCAAUGAGAAUAGCUUAUUAUUUCAGUUGCAUCUUCAGUUCAGACUUAUGAUAGUCUACAGACUUUACCUCAAAUUAUAACUUGAGCAAAUCAAUACUUUAUUGCUCGAAGCACCUAGAUUCUACUCGACUAAUACGAUCAUUUUGUUGGCAAGUUUGUAACAUUGUUCAUUUUUUCUGAAUCUACAUAAUGAAGCUAUUUUCAAUUAUAGUAUUGGAGUGACGAUAGAGGACUGAUUCUUUCCGAGAUUUGAAAGCCUUCUGUACGUAAGGACCUUUGUGAAAUUAGUUUUGAGAGACCCAGUUCAAUUCUUUGUUUCCUUGAGUCAAAAGCACAAAACUGAUUUAUGUUUGAAAUUGUUAGACUCCAUCUCAGUCUCCACAUGUGAUAAGUGUCAUGCAAAUGCAUGGCUCUUUUGCAUUAUUGGAGCAGUCAAAUUAGGAGAUGCUUAUGCUUUUAUUUCACAUUCUGUACUAAUAUACUUGCAAAUUUAAUGCUGAUCAUGUAUCUAUUCCAUUGUUUACUGAUCUGGUGCAUAGGCACCUUUAUUUCAACACACACUACAUCUUUGUGUGUCCAUAUUUGUUAACUUUGUCAUCUGUAUUUGUGCAUUGUAAACACCAGUUUGCAACCUUUAGUUACUCAGUGAUAUCAGAGUGAUUUUUAAUAGGAAAUCCACAUACACUCUUAAGAAUAAUUUUGAAACUUUCGAGUUUAGUGCAGUCAUUCUGUAGGAAGAUUGAGUCAAGAUGUGCUGCAACAUGGCAUUGAGUGCCGCCAGGACCAUUAUUAAAAGACAAUAUAAAAUA